CGCGUUCGGACGAGCUCAAGCACCAUUCGGGUGAGCUAUCGGGUUGGCAAAUCUCCUCUGCUUAGGAAAAGCGAAGGAGACUGCGUACUGGACUGCUGAAGGACCAACCGUCUCCUGGCCGUGUCCCUCUUGGGGCGCCGCGUUUCCCUCGACGGGAUGGCCAACCGCAUGUCGAUGUACUCGAUGGCCUCAGAGUCCGGAAUGGGGGGCUCUCGAGGCCAACAGUCGGCCCAAGUCUCGACAACGACGCUGCUGAACGCCGUGCAUAACAUCUACCUCUCCUCGCAGCCAUACCACCUCGAUGCGGGGACAAGUCUGGUAGUCAACACAUGGCUUACCGCCUCGCAACCUGGGCCAACUGGGCUCGUGGGAGGCACGGUAGACGCCGAAUUAAUAGCCAGGGCAUGGGAACAUGCUCGCCGGCGUGCUGAGGAUGGCUGCAUUAUCUUGGGCUCCCUCCACACAUCUACGCCCUCGAUUCUCCGCCCUGCACUCUCGUCGCUCCCCGUAUCUGUCCCAUCUUCCAUUCUCCAGUCCCUGCAAGCUAUUGAGCCCUUCCUUCGCUGCGUGACGCCAUACAAUCCCUCGACGCCGAGACAGAUUGCACUUGGUGUCACCCUGACCCUCAACCUCACCGGAAAGAUCGUCGGCGCAUCAAUUGCCUUGUCACAAGGCGGAAUCGACACGGAGAAGGGUUUGCUACGCAUCCCGAAAGAGUCUGGCUAUCGUGCCUUCGAUGUCUUUUACUACCUUCUCACAUCCGCAUCUACCCCCGCUGAGCGCGAGUUCCUUGGUCUGAAGGGGGCCUCCAGCUACAACCUGUUGGCACGCUCCGGCACUUAUGAUCCUCCUUCCUAUCUUCCCACUGCGGAUGACGGUGCUGCUGCCGAUGACUUCCGGACCGCCCUGAAAGGGAUCGGUAUCAAGGGUUCCACCCAUCGCAAUUUCAUCUCGACCCUUGCCGGGCUCUUGAAACUGGGCAACACCGUCGACUACACCGUCGAUGAAGAUGCCUUCGACGAAGUCUGUGAAGACGUGGGCGGGCUUCUGGGCCUCGAGCCCGAGGUCCUGUCGAAACAAUGUUCGACCGAGGACCGUGCCACGCUCCUUGCAGGGCUGUACGAAGCAUUGGUGGAUUGGGUCAUCAGGAAGGCCAACGACGCCAUUGCCGCCCAAAUGGGCCGCAUCCGGGAUGGAGAGGAGUCUCUAGAUGGCAGCCAAGGUGGGCGGACGCCGCUCGAGGACACCGGUGAUACCGUGUGCCUGCACUUCCUCGAGAUCCCGGAUCCCAACCUGGGCAAGGCUGUUGCUAUGCGAAGCAUCUUCGACGACAACCAGGGCAUCAACGCCGAGAUGAAGCAGGACGGCAUCGAGAUUGCUCCGGCAAACAGUUCCGUUCUGCGGGAGAUGCAGAACGCUGUUGCCGAGGUUGGGCCCGAGCUGGGCAUCAUGAUUGGGUCGCUCGGCAGGGAAAGGCAACACAUGUUCGAGAAGCGGGAAGAGGUUCUCGAGAAGGUUGCUCUGAAUGCGGAGGAAGACGGGUUUCUGAAGCAACUAGUCUUCCCCGUUCCUGCCGAGGGCAUCAGUCUUGGCAAGAGCGGCCGGAUCGAUCUCCCGACUCUCCUAAGCACCAGCCGCGCGUGGUACCACCUUAGCAUACACCCAACCGACGAGUCACCGGCCAGUCUGGCGGCGCUCCCAUCCGUCAACUCGGCCUGGUCUGCGGGGACCGUGUCGCGACAGCUCCGGGCCUGGCGGCUCCCCGAAUGGUCAAAUCGGCGGAACAAGGCGCUCGAUUACACUGUCGACUUCGACUUUGACGAGUUCGUCCAGCGCUACCGUUAUCUGGGCUGCAUGGAUGGUCGGGAUGGGAUUGAGAGCUUCGUGCUCGAGCGUGGCUGGACCAAUGGAGAGGUCGUGGUCGGCCGCGAGCGCGUGUGGAUGAGAGAGCAUGCCUGGUGGGAAGCCGAGGGUGUGCUCGACCUGAGCCCUGGCAACGCCGAGCGGCUGGGCAGCAUGCCCAACAUGAUGCCGCCGAGUGGCCUGGGCACAGGCUAUUCGGCCGGCGCGGGGAGCGGCUUCUUCCCGCCGCAGCCCUUCCACGAUGCCUCGUCGAACGGGAGCUGCGAGCAGCUUAUGCACCAGAGGAACAUGAGCCAGGCGACUCUUGGGGGCGUCCGUCCCGGCGUAGCCCCUUCUAUCGCGCCUACCGCCAUGACCGGCAUGCGGAAUGUCAACAACGGCGACUACGGUCUCGGCCACAAGGGCGACACCCACAAGGGCGAUGUCUACUACAAUAGUGACGGCCAGUUCGUCGGCCAACUGGAUGCCGACCUCGCCGAGGGCAAGAAGAUCGAGGAGGUGCCCGUGUCAGCGGGCAGAAAAUGGUGGGUCAUUUUUGUCUGGGCCCUUACCUUCUGGAUCCCGUCGCCGCUUCUUCGGUACGUCGGCCGCAUGAAGCGGCCCGAUGUACGCAUGGCGUGGCGAGAGAAGUUCGCCAUCUGCAUUCUCAUCGUCAUUCUGAACGGUAUACUCGUCUUCUGGAUCAUCUGGUUUGGCCGCGUGCUCUGUCCGAACUACGACAAGGCCUGGAGCCGGGAAGAGGUCAGCCACCACUUGGGAGGAGGCGAUUUCUGGGUCAGUGUCCACGGCAAGGUUUACGACAUCACAAAGUUCUGGAAGCUGCAGCACGGCAGCACCGCUCGACAGACCACGAGCGAUGUCAUGGAGCCCUUGGCCGGUUUGGACAUGGACAACUACUUCAUCGUGCCGCUUACGCUGGCGUGCCCGGGGCUGGUGUCGGACAACACGCUCCGGCUCGUUCUCAACACCACGCAGGAGUUCCAGAAUGCCGUCCACGACUCGGGUCCCGUGUACGCGAUGGACCCGAGAAGCGAUCUGGUGGAGAUCGACUGGUAUACCAAGAAGUUCCUGCCUCGCAUGAAGGAGUACUACACCGGUGAGCUCGUAUGGGAUCCCAGCCAGAUUAAAUCGGAGGGCGAGGACCUGCAGCACAUGUGGUUCCUCUGGGAGAACAGGGUGUACGACUUGACCGAUUACGCGCACACUCAGGACGUCAUGAACAACAAUGAGCGCUAUGCCUUCCUCAAUUCCCAGAUCUGGACUGCUAUCAAGAAUAACCCGGGCCAGGAUCUGACCGACACGAUCACCAGCAUCGUCCAAAAGUCGAGCUCCAACGCCACGGAGAACGCCAGCGUCCGCAACACGCUCAACUGCCUCAACAACCGGUUCUACAUCGGCAUCACGGACUUCCGGAACUCGCCCCAGUGCCAGGUGAGCAAGUGGAUCCUCAUCGCCUUCACGGUCCUCCUCUGUCUCGUAAUCGGCAUCAAGUUCGUCUCGGCCCUCCAGUUCGGCUCCAAGAGACGGCCGUCGCCACAGGACAAGUUUGUCAUCUGCCAGGUGCCGGCAUACACCGAGGGCGAAGACUCGCUGCGGAAGGCGCUCGAUUCACUCACGGCUCUGCAGUACGACAACAAACGGAAGCUGAUCGUCGUCAUCUGCGACGGUAUCAUCGUCGGUGCUGGAAACGACCGUCCCACGCCCAAGAUCGUCCUGGAUAUCCUCGGCGUUGACCCCAAGGUUGACCCGCCGGCCCUGGCGUUCAAGUCUGUCGGUACCGGCAGCGAGCAGCUCAACUACGGCAAGGUCUACUCCGGCCUGUACGAGUAUGAGGGCAAUGUCGUGCCCUACCUCGUGGUUGUCAAGGUGGGCAAGCCGUCGGAGCGUGAGAAGAGCAAGCCUGGCAACCGUGGCAAGCGUGAUUCGCAGAUUCUGCUUAUGAGCUUCCUCAACCGCGUCCACCACCGCGCGCCGAUGAACCCGCUGGAGCUGGAAAUGUUCCACCAGAUCAAUAACAUUAUCGGUGUGGACCCGGAGCUGUACGAAUAUCUUCUGAUGGUCGAUGCCGAUACCUGCGUGCGCGAGGACUCGCUCAACCGGCUCGUUGCGGCCUGUGCCAACGACGCCAAGAUUGCCGGCAUUUGCGGCGAAACCAGCCUGCAGAACGAGGAGCGCUCGUGGUGGACUAUGAUCCAGGUCUACGAGUACUACAUUUCGCAUCAUCUCGCAAAGGCCUUCGAGUCCCUGUUCGGCAGCGUCACCUGUUUGCCUGGUUGUUUCUCCAUGUACCGCCUGCGGACUGCAGACCGCGGGAAGCCCCUGAUCAUCUCGGACGACGUCAUCCGCGAGUAUAGCGACUGCCAUGUCGACACACUCCACAAGAAGAACCUGCUAUCGCUCGGCGAGGAUCGUUUCUUAACCACGCUGAUGACCAAGUACUUCCCGUACAUGUCGUACAAGUUCAUCCCGGAUGCCUACUGCCAGACGGCCGCGCCCGAGAAAUGGAGCGUCCUGCUGUCUCAGCGCCGUCGUUGGAUCAAUUCCACCAUCCACAACCUGGUGGAGCUGAUGUUCCUGCCGGACAUGUGUGGUUUCUGCUGCUUCUCGAUGCGCUUCGUGGUGUUCAUCGACCUGUUCGGUACCCUCAUGCUGCCGGCGACCUGUGUCUAUCUCGUCUACCUCAUUUACACCAUCGCCACGCGUACCGGCCCGUUCCCCAUUGUCUCGAUUGCCAUGCUCGCGGCCGUGUACGGUCUGCAGGCCUUGAUUUUCAUCCUCAAGCGCCAGUGGCAGCAUAUUGGCUGGAUGAUCAUUUACCUGAUCGCCUUCCCGAUCUACUCGCUUAUCCUGCCCAUCUACUCGUUCUGGAACCAGGACAACUUCUCGUGGGGUAACACCCGUAUCGUCGUCGGAGAGACGGGCAAGAAGCAGGUUGUCGCCGUGGACGACGAAGGCUUCGACCCCCGCUCCAUCCCGCUCCAGCGCUGGGACGACUACGCGCUCGAAAAGAACCUCCCAGGUCGCCGCGGCGGCCCUUCGGAGAAGCUGGGCAUGGACGGCGGCAUGGGCAUGUACGACGAGAACUACGAGAUGGAUGACAUGAAGUCCGUCUACUCAUCGGUCCGCCAGCCCUCCGUCCUCGCCGGCUUCCCCGGCCGCGGCGCAGGGGCCUACAUGCCGCCCACCCCCGGCACCCCCGGCACGCCCUUCACACCCAUGACCCGCACCAGCACCUUGCUCGGCACCCCUUACGCAGAGAACCCUGCUCUCGCCCAGCGCCAGAGCAUGAUGUCGAUGGGCACCAUGGCGCCGUACAGCGACUUCCCCGGGGCCGCCCAGCGCGGCAGCGUCGCCAACCUUCGGGGCAUGACCGGCACGCCGCCCGGCGGGCCAGGCAUGCUCGGCGCCAACCGCCUCUCGAUGGCGUCGACAAGCAUGCUGGGGCCGAGUCCCAGCCGGCUGGGCCUGCACUCGGACCUGAGCACGGGCUCGUUCGGCGCCGCCGUGUUGGGCACAGGUGCCGGCGGCGGCCCCGUGGAUGACGCGGCCAUCAUCGAGUCCAUCCAGGCGGUGCUGCGCGAGGUCGAUCUCGACACCGUCACCAAGAAGCAGGUGCGCGCGCUGGUGGAGCAGAGGCUGCAGACCGAGUUGACGGGCGAGAGGCGGACGUUUAUGGAUCGGCAGAUUGAUAAUGAGCUGGCGAAUAUGUAAUGGGCGGCGUGGAGGGCAUAUCAUUACUAGGUUGAGGUAUAGAAAAGGGGCAGCUUUCUUGUUUCUGUUCUUGAGUUGGUUGUGUUUAUUUGUGGUUUGGUUACUGCUUGGUUGGUUGCUUACUGUCGGCUUGGCUCAAAGAAGAUGCAGCGGGGAUUUCUUUUUGAAUUUCUCGGGAUCUCUCUGUCAGGGUGUGUGAUCUAUUAUCAUCUAUCUGUCGAUCA